CAGUUUUGCCGGUUCGCCGAUUCGCGAAUGUCUUUGACUUUUGCUAGUUUUGCUUUUUUUGAUGCUGUAGGGAAUUGAAGAGUAAUAUUAGGAUGUUAGCGCCGAUAAAACAUGUAUUAGCUAAAAAGAAUAUAAUUUUGGCAAGUGGUUCACCAAGAAGAAGGGAGUUGUUGAAAUCUAUUGGUCUAGACGCAACAGCGUGUGCUUCUUCGUUUGAGGAAAACCUCAAUGUUUCUGAUUUUAAGGAAUUCGGCGAGUAUGUGGUAGCAACGGCUUUAGGAAAGGCUGACGAAGUGUAUGAAAGGUUGCAAACAGAAACAAAUGAAGACAUUGACAAUUUAGUGGUCAUAGCAGCUGAUACAAUGGUGACGCUGGGCGACCAAAUUUACGGUAAACCAAAAGAUGCUGCAGAUGCAGUGCAUAUGUUGACGAAUUUAUCUGGCAAAUGCAACCGCGUCUAUACUGGUGUAGUUAUAAGGCACAAACAAGGUGCGCAUAAAUUUACGGACACUGCUGAUGUUUACUUUGGCAAUUUGACCAAGCAACAGAUACAAGCUUAUGUAGACAGUGGUGAUCCGUUAGAUAAAGCAGGUGCUUACGGUAUAAGUGGACCAGGUGGUGCAAUGAUUUCGAGAAUAGAUGGUGAUUUUUACUGCGUUAUGGGCUUACCUAUACAUCGUCUUUGCGUGGCGCUAUGUGACAUUUUCGCUGACGAGGCUAUUAACUUAGAUUCACCAGAAUAAUUAUUCAUUAACUUUACUUGUG